AUGAAACUAAUCCCAAGUGCAGCAUUUCUUCUCAUCAUUGCUUUUUUUUUGAAAUUUUCUUCUGCAUCUCCUGGUGAUGAUUUAGAAGAGUUUGAUGCUUGCAAGUUUCAAUGUGAAGAAAUUGUGUGUUUCCAGAGUCCUGCCAUCUACGCAAUGAUAGGAGGAUUUAAUCCUGAUUGGAAGUUCAAUGGUCCGCCUCUGUUAUACCUUCGGUUGCUUCAAUGGAGUUGUGCGGAUGAUUGUGAUUAUCAGUGUCAGAGAAAAGUAACCAGUGAAAGGAAGGAUGCUGGUGAAGAGGUUCUUCAGUUUCACGGGAAAUGGCCAUUCAUCAGGGUCUUAGGCAUUCAAGAGCUAGCAUCUACCAUAUUUUCGUGUGGCAAUUUGCUAGUUCAUUGCAUUGGUAUAAAAAAGUUGCUCAAAGAGACGAUUUCAUUAGAUGGGAAAUUUAGGUGCCAGUAUACUAAUGUUUUAUUAACUUCAUUUAUUACAAUACUAGCUUGGACAUGCUCUACGAUCUUCCAUAUCAGGGAUGUAUUGAUUACAGAGAGAUUAGAUUACUUUCUUGCAGGUUUGGUAGUUUUGAUGAGUUUUCAUCUAAUUGGCUCAAGGUUGUUUCGUUUGUAUCAUCCAAAAAAACGAAUCUUGAAAUAUGCAUAUUCAUUUGGAUGUUUGCUAGCUUAUUGUGGACACAUAUACAGAUUGUUGACAGACUGGCUGUAUACAUACAAUAUGAGAGCAAACAUUCUUUGUGGAAUAUUGCAAAACGUUUGCUUAUACUGCCUUUGCUUUCAGCUAUACUAUAAGUAUUAUCAAACAGAGUCAGGGGAGACUGAUGAUAAAGUUAUCCGUAUGAACCAUCUAAAAUAUGCAAAAGAUAAAACCUUGUUCAGUUCGUUUUAUACCCGAUCACCAAAGCUAUAUUCCUUAUAUCCAUUGUUGUUAAGCUUCAUUGUGACAGUGGGUAUGUCUCUAGAGAUAUUUGACUUCCCCCCUGUCUUUUUCGAUUUGAUAGAUGCACAUAGUUUGUGGCACCUUGUGACGAUCUUUCCGGCCUAUUAUGGAUGGUAUGAAUGGAUGAUAUGGGAUAUAAACGAAAACGUCUUGCCUGAACUUGCAAGUAUAUACAAGAAGAAGAAUAAUUGA